UUGGACAAAAGUAAAGCGACAUGGUAGCAAUGAUGGGUAGGGGAAUUGCUGAGCAAGGGUGGAGGAAGGGUCCUUGGACUCCUGAAGAGGAUAAGUUGCUUAGUGAAUAUGUGAGCCUGAACGGUGAGGGAAGGUGGAGUUCUGUUUCUAGGUGCUCAGGCUUGAAUAGGAGUGGAAAGAGCUGCAGACUGAGGUGGGUGAAUUACCUUAGGCCAGGACUUAAGAGAGGCCAAAUAACACCACAAGAGGAAGGAAUCAUUAUUGAACUACAUGCUCUCUGGGGCAACAAGUGGUCAACUAUCGCUAGAUACUUGCCUGGCAGAACAGAUAAUGAGAUAAAAAACUAUUGGAGAACCCAUUUCAAGAAGAAAGAUAAAUCCUCUCAGAAACAAGAAAAGCGAGAAGCUCUGAUUCUAAAACAGGAAGUGCAGCAGCAGCAGCAGCAGCUUGAAGCUGGUGAAAUGAAAAUGGUCAACACCAUUGAUCAUUUUAAGAUGCAUGAAGCACAAGAAAUGUAUUUCAUGUACCACAAUUUGGAGGAUCAAUGCUCGCCUGUGAUGACUGAAGACGCCGCAUCUUGGGCAGACUUUGUUGUGGAGGAUUAUUAUGGACUAUGGGGUGGCUUGUGGAACUUAGAUGAUCAUCCACCAGGUUAAAUUACUCAUACAAGUAACUGAAAUAAGAUAUCCAUGCAAAAUCAAGUAACAACUUGUUCUUUUGGACAGGACUCAAAGAAUAUUUACAGUGGAGGGUACAGUUUCUAAUAAUGGUUAGAAAAUGUUGAUGGUGACAUAUUUUUGUGUAAUACUUGUGUCUAACUUGCCUAGAGCAUGUUGAAACCUUAUUUUUAUGAGAGUAAUAUAAAUG